AGUCCUACUUUCAAGACAAAGCCUUUCCUCCAUUUGCAAGAGUGCUUUAUUUGAAGUAAAGCAUUCUAGCUACGUGAGUCAGCUAUGGAGUUUAGUUGGCCAGUUUUUCAGCGAGGAAGAACAAUGCAACCAAGCUUCUUUAAGUUUGAACACUCCGAUGGAUUUCCAUGCACAAAGCCAGCUGCUGGGGUUGUGGAUGUCCAUUCUGUAGACGCAUGGAGAUCCUAUUUCGAGGCCAACAAGCAAAACAACAAAUUGCUCGUGAUUGAAUUCACGGCGACAUGGUGUGGACCUUGCCGAUACAUGGAACAGACCAUGAAGGACUUUGCUGCCAAGUACACAGACGUUGUGUUCAUCAGGAUUGACGUUGAUGAAUUGCAGCAUGUGGCUCAGCAAUUCAACGUGACUACCUUGCCAGCAUUUUCACUCUUGAAGAAAGGGAAGAUAGUUGACGAGGUAGCAGGGGUCAAGAAGAGUGCGCUUGAGAACAAGAUUGAGAAGCAUCGGAUGAUAUGAUUGCCACGAUAGUACUUAACUAUUAAUGCCAUGUCCAUGGCGAAUCCUUGCUGGAAUCUACAUGCCAGCAGAAGUGAAGAAUAAAACAAGGCCUCGAAAGCAAUCUGCUGAGGCGAAAAUAAGGCCAUCCUUUUUUCUUUCUUCUUCAUGAUUGCUAUUAUUUAAUAUAAUGCCAAGUUAAUUUUUAUUUAAGAGAA